GUCGUUUUGUCAAACCAGCAGGAACACGCUCUAGCAGCCCUGACAUUGCGUGCGUACGCGCGCGCGCGCGCAUCGCUGAUAUCCCCCUGAUUCCGACGUUAAACAUCGAUCGCGACCGCUUUCGCAAGACGCAGUCUAAUGCCGGCAGUCGACAGGGGAAGUAGCCCGAAAUCAAGACGUAAGUUUAGUAAUUUGAUCCUAAUAAUUUAGCUUUUUAAUACCGAUCCGAUUUUACGGGCUCGCCGCCCGUCGUGUUCAUCGACCUUGUCCUUCACUCGCUUCACACACCUGAGAUAUUGCAAUUUAACGUGAAAUAUCGAGCAGUCUCAACGAGCACAUUGAUUGUUUAAUUUCCGCGACGAGAUUGCGAGCGUAACAUCGUCGCGGAUCAAAAUCAAGUUCAUGGGACAACGUCGGACAACCGAGAGAACCGGAAGAAGAGUCGAUUAGUCAGUAAAGGUCGAGUACAGAAUGGCGCUAAUCUACUGGGACAAGAUAUUUCUAGUGAUAAUAGCGCUGGUCAGUUUGAGGAUCUUCAUAAAGUUCGGGAUUCUAGCGUGGAAAAAGUUAGUCGCCCCGAGUCUUGGAUUUGGAAUUGAUUUACGAACGCAAGGGAAAUGGGCAGUGGUGACCGGUGCAACUGAUGGCCUUGGUAAAGCGUUCGCCAAGGCGCUCGCCAAGAAGGGCAUGGAUAUUGUUUUGAUCUCGCGCUCCAUGUCUAAAUUGAAAGAGGUAGCUGCUGAGAUCGAACGGAAAUACGGUGUGGAGACUCGCGUCGUAGAAGCUGAUUUAACCGAGGGUCAAGCAGUUUACGCUGAGAUUGGAAAAGCAACGCAAGAUCUAGAGGUUGGUGUCCUUAUUAACAACGCCGGCGCAAGCUAUGAUCUUCCCGAAUUGUUCACGAACGUAUCGGAGGAAGUCCUCGCGAGAAUACUGCAAUUGAAUGUAGCCGGAGUGACUGGGGUCGCGAGGGCGGUGCUGCCCAGCAUGAUGGAACGAGGAAAAGGGGUGCUCAUUAACGUGAGUUCGACGGCCGCAGCUAUACCGAGUCCUUAUCUGUCUGUUUAUGCCGCUAGUAAAGCAUACAUCGACAAACUCAGCGCCGACCUAGCUACGGAAGCGGCUCUGAGAGGUGUUACAGUCCAAUGCAUUCUGCCUGGACCAGUCGCCACGAAGAUGUCCAAGAUCAAGAGACCAACAUGGAUGGCGCCUACUCCGGAAAAGUUUGUCGAGGCUUCGUUGAGGACGGUCGGCAUUGAAUCACGCACGACCGGAUAUCCACCACAUUCCCUGAUCAUCGGCGUUGUGAAUGCGUUGCGGUAUACUUGUGAAACAGGAGCAGUGUGGUUAGUGGCGAAGACGAUGCUUAAUAUAAGAAGACGAGCUCUUCGCAAGAGGAUGAAGAAAUCGACAGAUGUGCGAAGCACUUCGCAACGAGAUGUUCUCUCUAGUUGAGUUCGCACAGUUUUUCAACGACGUUCCCUGUUAAUAUACAACACAACGCAUUGUUUCAAUCAUUCUUGAGUGUUGCUCUUUGUGUUUAGUUAAGUAUUUAGUUAGAUAUUUUCAUGUCUGAAUUAUCUAUCUUUUAAAGAAAUGCAAAUUGUUCCCUAUUGUUAUGGCAAAUCCAUUAUUCUAGGAGAAAAGUAUAAAGAAUAAUAGCCUAUUGAAAUCAUCU